CCCUUCCUUUUUUUUUCCUGUGCCAUAUUUAACCUUUAUGUUACAGUUGUGCCAUCCGACAGUUUUGCAGCCAAAAAAAACCCAACCCACGCCAAAGGCAAAGCGCAGCUCGGAUACAGCAGCCACCCCGGCUAGAUCUCAGCUGAGCGCUCAUCUCUCCCGAGCAGCGGACAAAGCGAUGGAUGAAGGAACUGGAACCGCUCGGAGAAAAUGAUUUUGCAGCCAAUGUUCUUAAGCAGUCUCACAGAAGAGAGGGAGCGAGCAGAGAGCGCUUCUGCUGCAUCACUGGGCGCAUUCAAAGGAAGGAGUCAGCGUUUCCUGCACUGCCAAACGUUAUGGAUGAUUUUUUUCCUUCUGUCUCCUUUCCGUACAGGUUUUCUUAAUAUUCUUCUUUCCCCCCUUCUUCCCGUCAUUUUUUGAACGAUGAUGAUUUAAUCGCAGCCAGCCUCAGACGCGGGUUUCUCCUUCAGAACCAGCUCUCGCUAUUUGUUGUGAUCCCCGUAAUAAAAAGCAAGAGAAACCGCGAACAGAUGGCUCUAGAUAUCGCAAUGCCGCUGGCUUUGUUUUCCUAUUGAUUUUAAAGGCUCCUUUUUCCCAUUUUUUUUUCCCCGAUUUUUUUUUUCCCUCCCCCCCUCCCAAGUUCUUGAUGAUACUGAGAAAUGAGGACCUAUCGCUUUUAGCCUGUUUCUGUCUCGGCGCCUAUGGAGAUAACUUUAUUGACUUGAUCGUUCGCUGCCCUACCCGCCAGCAGAACGCCGGAGCCCCGGGGAGGGCGGAAGACCCGCGCCCGCUGCCGGCCGACCCCGCCGCCUCCCCUCCUUCCCUCCCCCGCUAAUUCAUCAGCCGCUCCCGGCCAUGAAAAUGCUCCUGGUCCGCAAGUUCCGGGUGCUGAUCCUCAUGGUGUUCCUCGUCGCCUGCACCAUGCACAUCAUGAUCGACCUGCUGCCUCGCCUGGAGCGCCGCGGAGCCGAAAACCGCCCGGGCUGCUCCUGCCCUCCACCCGCCGCGCCGCCCCGCGCCGCCCCGCGCUGGCCCAGCAAACACACGCUGCGGAUCCUGCAGGACUUCAGCGCCGAGCCGGCCUCCAACCUCUCCUCGCAAUCGCGGGAGGCGGCGGAGCGGGCGCUCCACAUUUAUGGCUUUUUUUUUUUUUUCCCCCUCUUUCCCAUGUUUGUUUUUGGUGGUAGGCAUAAUGAAGGGAAUGAAGAGUUUUUGCCAACUGGAGAAACCUCCAUAGACUCCUACCCAAACUGGUUAAAAUUCCACAUUGGCAUCAACCGGUACGAGCUGUAUUCCAGGCAUAACCCUGCAAUCGAGGCUUUACUACAAGACCUGGUCUCCCAGAAGAUCACCAGUGUUGCAAUGAAGUCAGGAGGCACCCAGCUGAAGCUGAUCAUGACGUUCCAGAAUUAUGGACAAGCACUGUUCAAGCCAAUGAAGCAGACCAGAGAACAAGAAACCCCGCCUGAUUUUUUUUAUUUCUCAGACUAUGAAAGACAUAAUGCAGAAAUUGCAGCAUUUCAUUUGGACAGGAUCCUGGAUUUCCGUCGUGUCCCACCGGUUGCAGGCAGACUGGUUAACAUGACAAGGGAGAUACGAGAUGUGACUCGUGACAAGAAGCUGUGGAGAACAUUUUUCAUCUCACCAGCCAACAACAUCUGCUUCUAUGGCGAAUGCUCCUACUACUGCUCAACCGAGCAUGCCCUGUGUGGAAAACCAGAUCAGAUCGAAGGGUCUCUAGCUGCUUUCCUUCCUGAUUUGUCCUUAGCUAAAAGGAAAACCUGGAGAAACCCUUGGAGGCGUUCCUACCACAAGCGCAAGAAAGCAGAAUGGGAAGUUGAUCCAGAUUAUUGUGAAGAGGUUAAACAAACACCCCCGUAUGACAGUGGGACCAGAAUUCUGGAUAUAAUGGAUAUGACAGUUUUUGAUUUUCUAAUGGGUAACAUGGAUCGACAUCACUAUGAAACCUUUGAAAAGUUUGGAAAUGAAACAUUUAUUAUCCACUUAGAUAAUGGAAGAGGGUUUGGAAAAUACUCCCACGAUGAACUUUCCAUAUUGGUGCCUUUAAACCAGUGCUGCAGAAUAAGGAAGUCGACCUAUCUGCGAUUGCAGUUGUUAGCCAAGGAGGAAUACAAACUCAGUCUCCUGAUGAAGGAAUCUUUGCUAAAAGAUAAAAUCGCUCCCAUUCUCUACCAACCUCACUUGGAGGCGAUGGACAGGCGGCUGCGGAUUGUCCUCAAGGCUGUCAGUGACUGCAUAGAGAAGGAUGGUUAUGACAAUGUGGUUGAAAAUGACUUUAACACUGAUGUUAACACUGUUGCGACCGAGAGGUAGUGAAAUCGCAAGACUACGUUUUUAUCAGCCGAGUAAAGAAGAUUCAAAAAGGAAAAGAGAAAAAAAAAAGUCUUGCAAAAGACUGGUAUGCCACUUUGUGAAUUCAGUGAAUUCAGAAACGAGAUAUAAUUGUUCCCAGAGUAGGUAUAGUGUAGACUCUGCAAAGGAUUGGCUCAUUAAGAAAAAUAAGUCUAACGUGAUGCUUUUCAUUAGUUCCCGAGAAGAGAUUAUGAAGAGGUUGAGAAAACACAUCGCCGACAGACUGAUAGCAAAACACCUCCUGUCCUUUUUGUAUAGCAAGGAGGCCUUUACUUAAUAUUUUGUAUUUAUAUACGGUAUAUCUACGAACCCCAGACCUACCUACCAAAUCUAACAAAGAGGGACAGCAUAGGUUUGUGACUCACACUGUAUUUGUGGUGACAGUCCGCUUAGGAUGCUGUGUUAACCCUUUAAGUGCUCUAAUCCACUGUAUCUUAUUUAAAUUGAACACUUUAUUUCCAGCUGUUCGGCAUUUAAAGGGUUAAGGCAUUACAAACUUUUAAAGGCAAAAAAUAAUAUUAUUAAUAAUAAUAAUAAUAAUAAUAAUACAGUGAUUACCAGAGGGGAAUUUCACUAAUUGUGCAUUGACAGGAAUACUUGAAUGUUGGUUUUACAAAGUGAUGUAAAAUGACAAGUUGUACUAUUUAUCCUUAAGGAGGUGGCAGCUCUUAUCUUUCUAGACUAUCAUAGCUGAGCUGCUACUUUUCAACUUUGCUUUUGAUAGUUUUGUGUAAAUAUAUACAUAUAUGGGUAAAAAGCUGUUUUCAGCAGCUCUAGGCUUACUUUUGCAGCAUUUUUGUGGAAUUGUUUGCAACGUGGUAAAAGUGCAAUAAAGAUAUGGCAAAAUGUGUAGCCAGCA